AACGGAGAAACGACCGACGCAAAAGGAGAGAGGGAGGACAAUAAGCGAGGGAUGUACGUGGAAGCGUAGCAGCCCAUGCGGAAGACGCGAAUUUGCUUGCAACGCCGUGAGAUUAACUAGGGGGGGCAGGAAAAGAGACGCGCAAACGCCGAUACCGGAUUUAAAAUAUCGAAGCGUGUCGACCGGAUGAUCCAUUUCUGCGUGUUUACCACGCUUACCAAUAGCGCUACGUAGCUGUUCGGUCGCUAGCAAACGUUUCCCCCCACACACACACUUUAUCUAUACAUCGAUGCAAUUGCUUUUGACAGAGUUUACAGAUUAUAUGGGAUUUAUUUAUCAUAAUUUUGUAAAUGCGUGAUCUAAGAAUGCUUCGAAACAGCAUGUGAUUGAAUAAUGCCUUUGCAUCGCUGGGGGGUUAGUUAGAAUUGGUACGGAAAGUCGGUGGUAGAGCACGGCUCCUAAGUGCCCGUCUCCAGGGGGAGAGUUCAGCGUCCUGAGUUCCGGGAGAAGCUUGACAGCGGCGUAUCGUCCCAGCGAUGGAAUCUGGAUGAGCAGAGAGGCAAGUCGACAGGUCUGAUAUCCUUAAGCCAGCACAAAGACUGCGAACAGCUUGAAUCGCCCAGGGACACCAAAAAUACAGCGAUCAUGUCCUCCAGGGAGCGGCGUUCCGAUCUCCACAUUAAGGCGGAGCCUAGCAGUCCGGAGGGUGGCGGCGGAGGAGGUGGGGGCCGGACCAGUCCCGGUGCAGCGUCGUCAGAUUCUUCGCAGAGCGGCAGAGGCGGCGGCAGAAAGGGGGAGGUCGGCGGAGGGCGCUGCUCGCCGGCCGUGUACACGCCACCACCCCUGCGCUGCCACUUUAAGGAGGAGGGCGGGGAUGGGGCGGAGGAGGGCUCGGCGGGGGCCGGCCGCUGCAAGUACGCCCUGAGCACGCUCCCCAAACGACUGUGCCUGGUGUGCGGUGACGUGGCCUCGGGAUACCACUACGGCGUGGCCUCCUGCGAGGCCUGCAAGGCCUUCUUCAAACGGACAAUCCAGGGUAACAUCGAGUACAGUUGCCCGGCGUCGAACGAGUGUGAGAUCACCAAGAGGCGUCGCAAGGCCUGCCAGGCUUGUCGCUUCACCAAGUGCCUCAAAGUGGGCAUGCUCAAAGAAGGGGUGCGCCUGGACCGCGUGCGAGGCGGGAGGCAAAAGUACAAGAGGAGGCCAGAGGUAGAGAACAGCACCUAUCAGAGCGCCCCCCUCCCUCUAAGGAAAGAGGGGGAGAGAGGUCCGUCUAACAUCAUCGUGUCCCACCUGCUGGCGGCCGAGCCGGAGAAGCUGUUCGCCAUGCCGGACCCCCUGCAGCCCGACACAGCCCUGCGCACCCUCACCACGCUGUGCGACCUUGCCGACCGCGAGCUUGUAGUCAUCAUCGGCUGGGCCAAGCACAUCCCUGGCUUCCUCUCCUUGUCGCUGGCGGACCAGAUGUCGGUGUUGCAGUCGGUGUGGUUGGAGGUUCUGGUGCUCGGCGUGGCCUUCCGCUCGCUGGGCUGCGAGGACGAGGUGGUGUAUGCCGAGGACUUCGUGCUGGACGAGGAGAUGUCGCGUCUGGCCGGGCUGGCCGAGCUGAACGCCGCCAUCGGACUCCUGGCCCGCCGGUACCGCAUGCUGGAGCUGGACCGUGAGGAGUUCGUCAUGCUGAAGGCCAUAACGCUCACCAACUCGGACUCGGUCUACAUUGAGGACGUGGAGGCAGUGCAGAAGCUGCGGGACCUGCUGCAUCAGGCCCUGCUGGAACUAGUGAACCAGCACCGGCCAGACGACCCUCGCCGGGCCGGGAAGCUCCUCCUGACCCUCCCCCUGCUCCGGCAGACCGCUGGCCGCGCCCUCUCCACCUUCUACAGCAUCAAGACCCGCGGCAGCGUGCCCAUGCAUAAACUCUUCCUGGAGAUGCUGGAGGCCAUGAUGGACUCUCCAUAGGGGAGGAGGAGAGGGAAGGAGGACAGGAAGUGAGCAAUGGAGAUACGUGUGGGAAUGGGGGGGGGCGGGUUGGAUACAAUUUUGGGCUGGAUGUGUUGAGCGGGUAGGUGUAAAUGUACAUAAUAUUACUCCACUAGGAGCUAAGAGCAUUCAGUAUGGGCUGUGUGUGUGUGUGUGUGUGUGUGUGUGUGUGUGUGUGUGGUGUGCAUUGUUGGAGGCGUGAGUUUAGAGUGAGGGCAGAUAUUGGGGCGUUUAUUUUAUAAGCCAUGAAUUUAGACAGAUUCCAGGGUUAUCCAUGUAACGGAAGACAUACGAACACAGGCACACAAACACGCACGCGAUAAACAGCUCGUUCCCACUGCAGUUACUCUCUUGACGAUUCUGACUAGUUCCAGCCUAGUUCUCUGGUUUAUAAGGUACUCUAUAUUAGCUUUUUUUAUUUGAUGCCUAAUGCUCCGUCCUUGAACCACGUUGAUGCAGAUUAACUGUAAAGAUGUUUCACUCCUGGGGCAGAGAGGAUUAGUGUCGCACAGCCAUUUGGGAAUCUUUUGAGAAAGGAAAGCAUUUCCAUAAAAAAAACAAAAAACAGAAUCCAGCCCCUCUGGAUUCUGGGUAGUUGGGAACCUUAGGGCGGAUCGACCUUAACGCAGACUUACCACCAUACUCAUUACAUUUUUUUUUCUUUUAAAGGAAAUCAUUUCCCUGGCCCUGUUUAUCCAGGCGGAAUCGUGCGCAAAGGAUGAGGAACUUGCAUAUUAAAGUUCUAGUGUGAAUCACACACACAAGAAUCCGGUGGUGAACGAGAAUUUAGUUCAUCGUGGUUCUAGUAAUUUUUUUAAGCAUCUGAUUUUAAGUAGUCGUAGAGCAUUUUUAUUGUUACUACUACCUCCUGUUGGGUAGCGGUUUGGGUACUGAAAUUUUGCAGUGCGACCUCUCCUGUUCAGAACAGCUGUGGUUUUUGUAUGUAACCGUGCUGUGUGUAACAAAGCAAGAAAGGGAUUUUAAAUGUCAGCCGUAGCAAUAUGCUUACACUAAGGGGUACAUUUCCUAAAAGUCUAGUUGCUAACAACCGUAUUCGUUUGGAAUAGGGUUGCCACCUGUCACUUAUUAUACGGGUCCGCCUAGUAUUGUAAGGGACGGACGGAAGCUUUGCGUUGGAACCAGGCAACUGAACGGUUCCACCCAUGCAAGUUGUUAACGGGAUCUUUUGGGUAACGUACCCAAGAUCGAUCAGGCGGGCAGGGGAGUUUGACACGAGCACUCUGACACUUUCAAUUCGCAGUUACUCAUGUGAAUACGGUACACGCUGGGUGGUACGCAGAGCCGCACGGAAAAGGUGCUCGAGUCGGCGUUCUUCAGGAUUUUAAAAGCAAUAUGUGCAGCAACACAGAGUAAUAACAAGUAAUAACAGAAAUAGCAAUCGGAGGUAGAGCGGAGACGUUUGUGGGCGCGCAAUGAGAACUGAAUGUAGUCUGUAUAUUUUGUAUCUGUGAUUUGUGGACAAAUGGUCUUAUAGAAGAACGGAAAAGUUAUGUCUAAAAGUAAUGACUCUACUGGGGGGAAAAAGUGUUUAGAACUGUCCAGUCAGACUAAUCUUCAGAGUUGUCUACGGGUGUGAUUGUGUGUCUGCGGAUGAGCAUCUGCGGUAGCAUGUUCUCUCGACCUAUCGACCCCGUGCGUAUCUCAGUCCGCGAGUCGCCCAUGUGACUUCGCAGAAGGUUACGGGGGCCGACCGACACCCUUUCCCUUCAAACGACCAAUCUGGGGCCGAAAAGUCACAAAGCCGUAUUGUAAUUGUCUCCGCGUGGUUAGUCUUGUCCGUUCAGAGAGAACCUUGGGAUUUACUGAUCAGGAUCCGGGGGCCGUGAUUGAUAAAUGUAUUAUUUUGCCCUGUGUGCUUAAAGAGUGGGGGGGGGAUUGUCUGUAAUGUAAUAAGGUGCGACUGUUGUGUUACGUGACUUGAAUUACAAGAAAAAUCUUCUGCGUUCUCAUCAUUGUCCUUCUGUGAAAUGGAAAGACGCGGGAAUGGAGCUGAAAUUAACAAUGAACCUGCAAUCCUCCAUCAUCAACGUAGACACGGAGUCAAAAGACUAACAGAGGAACUGAAUCUCGGAAUCAUUGUCCUUCACUGGAGAUGCAUAACGGACAAAACUGGUGUCUGCACUUCUGAAUCCCUUCACAGACCCUUCUGUUCCGCUGUUCGCUUUACUUCAUGUGUCAUACUGUCUGCAGACCCGCGCGAGGCGUGAAAAGUGACCCCCCCCCCCUCACCCCACGUAGCGCUGAAAAGCAGGUCUACUGACCAUGUUAAAACAGGUACGAGGUUUUUUUUUAAAAAAAUAAAAAUUACGGUCGUCUUAUAAAAUAAGCCAAACUGUCAUCGGAAACUGCUUGUUAUAGGGGGUAAAUUCUGGAGUUUUCUCAAUGCGGUACAACUGCAGUGUGUUAAUGUCAGCAUAUUUUUUGUUGCAGUCUCUUUUUUUAAUUUUAAAACGGUUUAUGUUGUCCUUUUAUCAUUUGUGAACCCAAAAUAAAUGGUCGAUUUUUUUUUUACAUUUGGCACCUGGAACAUAUGACCUCUAGACAGCUGUGAGGGCUGCUGGUUGCUGGAUUGGACAGUCUGGCCUCCAUUGAUCUGUUAGCGCAUUUUUUGUCACCUGUCACCUCAAAAGCAAGCCGCGACCACGUACAGCUGCUGUAAAGUAUCCUGAAAUCGCGCCGUGUACACGUAUGUUUGCAGAAAUUCCAAUCGCUUAGGUGCCAUGGCAAUGAAAAUAUUUGUGAAAUAUCUUCGCCUAUUAAGUACAGAGUAAUACAGUCAGUUAAUGAUUGUUGACAGUUUUAUUAAUCGUGUUGUUUAGAACAUCCCGCUCUUUGUAUGAAUGCAUAGGCUUUGAAAUGAUUGAUUAAAUGUUGAUUUAUUGUGGCUUAAGUGUCACAAUGGGGUAAUUAAAGGGGGGGGGGGGUAUUGUACCAAGUCAUCUGCGCAGGUAACGAGUUUUGUAAUUAAUUUAGAUUUAACAAGAUUGAAAAAUUAGUCAGUUCUAGGAUACAGUUCUGCGUUUAACGUUUACAUCAUGUCUGUAGUCAAGGCUGGCUUGAUUAAAAAUAUGACUAGAACAAAACCGGCAACCUCCUGCAUUUUGACGUACCAAGGUAUCAAAUACGGGGGGGGGGGGGGCACGCAAAUAAAUGAAGGACUUAACUAUGAGUUGAUGUCAAAGACCUCAUAUUGGGUAGGGCCACUCUUUGACUUCGGAGCAGCUUCAGUCCUUUUUGUCUGGUCCUGAAUUAAUACUUCAAGAAUACGUUUGUUUUAUGAAUGAAAGGUUAAUUUAUUUGGUCUGGAAUAUUUUAGAUACGUAUGUGUGUGGUUAAUGCUCAGGUUUGGCAUGACAGAUAUCAGUAUGAUGGCGUGGUGUCAGCUGAAUUUUUAUUUUAUUUUUUUUCGACUAACAAUUUAUUAUCUAACAUUUUAACGUGUUAAUCACAAAUCUCGGGCUUCGGUAAAUUAACGAAAUUCAAAUUGCUCUAACAACAUGGUUUACAUGCGUACCCCAUCUACUGGUUAAUGCAAUUAUUGCACCCUUCAUCUACUGUCCAGGAAGUCUGAAACACUGCAGUGCUCUGCUUUUACCUGUAUUUAUUUGGCAAUAAUCAAAUAUUUAUUUUUUACAGUUGGGCUGUUCUACGGUACAUAAUUUUGGUACGUAUAUGAAGGUGUGUAGUAGCCAAUUACGGUUCAGGGACAUAGUAUACGUAGGUUUUCAUUAUAAAGCAACACUAAAUCAAUGCAAUGUCCAUGUGGUUGGAAUCAGGUUGAUAUUUUUUUAUUUGGUCAGUCUUUUUUUCUAACUUUUUUGUAUGCAUGGAUAAGCAGUUCAUUUUCGAUGGCAAAAAAGGGACUUAUGUACAUAUUUAGGACUCAGUGCUAAGGAUGUUUAUCUGUUAGAAAUUUCAUGUCAACGUAAGAUUAGCUGUCAGUAUGUUCAUAUAGAUUUAUGUAAAUGAGCAAUACUAAAAAUAAACGAGUGUUUAUUUUACUGUAUAGUUAUGCUGUAAACAAUCUCAAAAGUAAUAAAAAAAAUUGUCUGUAGAAGUAAUAAAAUACAACGUGGAGGACACACCAUUAUUUGUAUUAAAUCUGUAUUUAAAAAAAAGAGAUUAAAUUCUAUUUUUUACUCAAUUUGUUGAUGUUUAAUACAAUUUUUGUGUGUGUGGAUACGAGUGUAUUUGUUCAUUGUUGGCUGUGCUUAAAUGUUUAGUUUGAUGUUGUCUAUCUUAUUCAUGCUGAAUCAUUGUAAAACAAGGUAACGCAUCACAGAUAAACUCGAUUCAUUUGCGUAUUUAAAAAUAUUGGUGUUUUGUGUUGUUGUGUAAUAAAUGGAGACAUCCCAUCACA